ACCCCGACGGACUGCACGAUCGUUCAGUCGUUCGCCUGCAUCUUACCGCCGUCCUCGUCGACGCGUAGACUCGGACACAUCGCAUUUUCGACGCCGAUGCAAAAAAUGGACGACGAUUCAGAAGCCGUUUCGGAAUGGAAGAAACUCAAGAAAACUCUGACUGUUAACAAGCCGCUCAUUCCUCUCAAACUGACCAUGUUGCUUUAUUAUGGCGCCUCGUCUCUCUAUCUUCCAUAUUUGACCCUGCAAAUGCAACAAGUCGGCCUCAAUAUCCAGGAAAUCGCCAUCAUUUAUUCAGUUUUACCUUUCGUCACUUGCAUUAUGCCACCAUUAGCCGGCAUGUUGGCUGACAAGUUCAAUCGUUACAAACUGGUUUUAAUCCUUUCCGUGUCUUUGGCCGUCCUUUUCCACACGCUUUUACUUCACGUGGAUGCUCGAAUUUCUCCCGAAAAUUCCCCAGUGCGCAACGUCACGGAAAUCCCAGCCUCAGUCUAUUGCGGCAGAACAGGCGCCGUGCUCCGGUUGGGAAACGAAAGUUGUUCAACAUCAACGACCGAAAAAUGGCUCGGGUACUGGACGCCAUCCGAGUGCCAGCCAGUGGCAUGCACGAAUUAUCAGCACAUGCGAAUGCGUGUGUGCUCGCCUUCCGGCAAUUGCACGCAAAUUACAAACAAGUCGACAUCUAAGCUCGAAGUGGAACUGGUUCUGGAGACGUUUCUGACUGAUACCAAGGGCAUUUCUGGCGAAUGUACAGCUAGAAUUCUUGGCCUACGAACGGAUCAGACUCCACUUCCGUCGGCAUUGCUGUGCAACUGCCUCAUUCAGUGUCCUCUGACGUUAAUGACAUCGUCAACACCGAAUCAAGAACCUAUAGACGAUGCGUUGUCUGAUGAAAUGAAAGAAACUGAUCGUUUGAAACACAAUCGCGGUUUUUGGAUGUACUUCGUUUUGCGGAUAUUGGCCUCCAGUUCUUUGGCCACAUCUUUCUCCAUGUUAGACGCCACGGCCAUCACGAUGGUAAAGAAAAACGACGGGGACCUUGGAAAACAACGGUUGUUUGGCGUCAUUGGACAAGCCGUUUUUGCCAUGGUCGCCGGAAUAUUACUCGAUUGGACAGUAGAAUUGCAAGGUGACCCCGACUAUUCAAUUCUGUUCUACAUCGCCGAUGGCCUUUGCGUCUUGGUGGUCCUGCUGGUAAGCAGAUUGGACGUUGACGUCGAACGUCUUGAAAGCGGCAAUUUAAUGUCUGGUGCAAAAAGACUCAUCCGGUUAAUCGACGUCGAUUUCUUCAUGUUGAUGAUGCUCCUUCUGGGCACCUGUUGGGGCUUUCUUGAAUCCUUCCUAUUCGUUUUUCUCAUGGAGCUGAAAGCGAAUAGCUACUUGUUAGGAAUGACUGUUACCUUGGGCUGCGUCAUUGGCGUUCCAUUCCUCUACAUAUCAGACAUGAUUGUUCGCAAAAUUGGCUCGGUGAACGUUUUUGUCGUCGCUUUCCUUAUUUACUGCAUUCGAUUUUUCGGCUAUUCGCUUAUAUGGGAUCCUUGGUUAUGUCUUCCAUUUGAAGCGCUGGAAGCCGUUACGGUCCAUAUGAUGGCAGUGGCGAGUUCCAUGUACUGCGUCGCGGCAGCACCUCCUGGACUAUUGGCGACGCUCAACGGCGCUGUAGGCUCCGUUCAUUAUUCAUUCGGACGAGGACUUGGCAGUUUCAUCGGCGGCAUUUUGAUGUCCAACUACGGCACCCGGAACACUUUCCAAAUCUUUGGUACGGCCGCCGGUUUUUGUGGACUGACCUACUUCAUCUUACACCGCUUCUAUUUAGUGAAAAUAGAGAGGCUUAGAUUGCGCAGGAAAUCGGAACGGAUUGCCGAGGUUAUUGCCAGCGGUGUAGAACCCGAGGACGAACCAGAAGAGGAAGAAUUUAUUAUUCCGCCUGAUAAUCUUUUGGGCCGCCGCAAAAGUUGUUUCUAGUGCUCGAAUGUCUUGUAAUUAGUAUAAUCCUACCUGUUCUCCUUGUCAGCACCUGGCGUGCCGAUUUCAGAAACAAUCGUAGUCGACUUCCUUGAGUUUUUUUCUAAAACCUAUUUCAGCUAUGCCUCGAUUCGUUGCCGUUCAUUUUAGAACCUUGACACGCUCGUUGGCGACCUAGUCCCGGUGACUAGCGUUUUUUUUUUUAUUCCCUCCUUUUUUUUAAUAAUUUGAAUGAACAAAAAAAUGUAAUCGUAGCACCACCAGAAGAAAACAAAAUUAAUAGAAAUUUCUAUAGUAACACAUCUGAACAUGAAACAAUUUCAUCAUUGAAAGUGAGUGGCAGCACUGACUUGAUGGCGUCUCCAUAAUCCAUUGUCUUACUACAUUUGAAUUGAAUCCAAAAUUCCUGCAUUCAAUAAUUCAUCGAUUCCAGCAACACGACAUAGGGUUUGGAGUGCGUGUAUUUGAAAAACAAAUCUUCAGAGAUGUACAAAUGCACACGAAACGAAAUACGUCACAUUCUUUUGAAAGUAAAGGCGUUUCAUCGGGCGUAUCAAUUAUCACUGUCUGAAUGGCUAGAUGAGUCUGAAUAAGAACCGAGAAGACUUAAGCCUCCGAGAGACGGUUUCACGAUGGGAGCAGGAGCUGAAGGAGCGGUCGAGGAAGUAGGAGCUGUAGAUGUGCUAGUGCUGCUGCUGGUAGAAGCUGCGGCGGAAUUGGGUUUGAUUAGCGCCGUCUUGAUUUUAACUAGCGGAUUGAGUUUCUUAUUUCUGGGCGCAUUGUUUAAAGGAGCGGCUAGAAGAUCGGUCGCUUUGAUCGUCAGCAUUUUGGCUUGUUUCUUUGGACGUUUGUCUUCGUCGCUCGACGAUCCUCCGUCAUCGACGAGCCUUUUGACGAUCGUGCCAUCUCCCGUUCGUUCGCCAAACACGGACCUGUAAACAACAAUAAUAACUAUGUAAACAAACGUUGUAAACACGUGUCUGUAGACCAAACAGUGAAAAAUAAAACGUACUUGAUCAAC